AAGUGUCCGUGCUAAAUGAAAGCAAGCAGGUAGCUAUGAGCUGCGCACUGACUAUCUGUGGUUGAACUGCGGAGGUGUGUUGAUGACGGAUCUGCCAAAACCAAAACUGACUUUCUGACAAUACCUCUGCGGCGGACCUGGCCUGACGGUCAAUAAACCACACCUAGGAGUUUGGUCCGGUUUUCUCAGGCCAAAGCCUAGUGUUUGGCUGGGUUUGAAUAUGGCUCUGUCAUUCCUUUUGGUCUUGGCUGCAACUGUGAUUCUUAUCAGACCCGAAACACCUGUAACUAAGGCCCUACAUCAGAACUCCCUUGAGUGCUGUGGCGAGAAGCAGAGAGUGAACAAUUCAUGUUCAAAUGACACCCACUGUGAACCAGGAUGCUUCUUGCGUGUCCUUGACAACAGCAACACUGUUUGCAUAUUCUGUGACUCCGCAGCUGUGGAUUUGGAGAACAUAACAGUCUGCACUUACAGAGGCCCAGGUGUGGCAGCCUCACUUCUUCUGGGAACACUGUUGAUCAGCCUGUUCCUGAUCCUCUCUGUGGCCUCCUUUUUCUACCUCAAACGCUCCAACCGACUCCCGGGCAUCUUCUACCGCCGCAACAAGGCCUUCAUAUUCCAACCAAGUGAGACAGCUGUCAUGAUCCCCUCCUCAACAGUGAGGAAGCAGAGAUAUGUGAGAAGGGAGCGGCCCUCUGCAACAUCAACACUGAAUAAUGACACCGUACCCACCACAUCCACCACCCAGGUCUAUAAUGUGUAGGAGGAAAAGGAGGAGGUGGAGGGGUGGGAGUGCCAGGGCAGGUAGGAGAGAGAGAACGCUCAGGAACGAUGUUAGAUUUAGUUAUCAUGUGAGGUCCAGCAGUGCAAAGAAAGACCUCGAGUUGACUUGUACAAAGGUGGCCAUAUUUAACUGUAGCUGCUUCUGCUGCAUUCUUGUCACGAGGGCUCUUACUUUAUCGCUAUUUAUCAAUAAUUUAAGUGGGAAAUUGAAAAAGAAUCCAGUAACUAAACUGUAAAUCUUUUUGACACAGUCUCUUAUAUUACAUAUGUUUUUUUCACAGGAUAACUUAAUCCUGUGAAAAAAACAUUUCAGAAUUUAUCAGUAAAUUUGGUCGGUUUGAAUUUUUUUUUUUCUCCCACCAACAGCAGUUCAGGAUCACUCCUUUGAUUUUAAGUCUGAACACUGUUAUUAAACCAAUUUUAUUGGCUGUUUGACGGUGCAUGUUCGCUUGACUUGAUGGAUUUCAUGAAUACAAGACCUGUCUGUUAAAUGAAUAUUUGACAUUGAGAGGGAAAAGCUUGAAAGCUCUCUAAUUAACACAUUAUACGUCUUUUAAUCUUUACAAAAAAGCGAAGUGGAAUAAACCACAAUCCCCCAUCGCGCAGGCCGGACUUUUCCAAUGAAUUAAGGUUUUUCCACUUUGGUUUUUGUAUUAAACCAUAUGACGUUGUGAUUAUUGAGCAAUGAAAGUGCUGGUAGGCGGAUUGUGUUGCCUUUGGACAAAGCCUGGCUAGCUAUUUCCCCGUUUCCAGUCUUUAUGCUAAGCUAGGUGGCUGCUGGCUACAACCAAAUUUUUAAUUGAUCCAAGAGUGGUAUCAAUCUCCUUAUCUACCUCGCUGCCAGAAAGAUAAUGAGCGUAUUUUCCAAAAUGUCAAACUAUUCUACUAAAGCAAAGAUUUAUCGAGCCAGUGACCAAGUUGAGCAACAGUGUUUUUUUUAUUUGGGACAAAAUCAUAGCCCAGUGAUGUUUUUUAAUUAGGCUGUUGUUUACAUGUGUAUAUUUAUUUACAUUUUCUUGCUGUGCACUGAGUUUUACUGAUUACAUUCAGACCAACAGAAUAAAUGCUUAAUGAUUGAAGAAUGCGUCUAAUAGCAGUAGAGUUCUUCUGGUGGACUGGGACAUUUUAGGGAGAGUUACUGUAGGCGCUGACUGGAUGAUUGUUUUUUUUUGUUGUGGUUUUUAUUAUUGCAUUUGUAUUUAUUAUUUUCUGUGAGCUUAACCAAGGGGAAUGUAUUACAUGUGUACAACAAAUCAUGCAUCAUGAAUUACAUUCCACAACAGACCCAGUCGAACAUGAAAGAUUUGAACUCAUUUUCAACAACAGAAUCAUAUUUUUUCAUAUGUGAUCCUACAAAAUAUUUUGAAAUACCAGUUUUCAUGAAGUGGAUUCAAAUUCCAAUAGAUUUCUCUCUCAAAACAUACAAUUAAUCUUAUUGCACUUUAUAUGUCUGAGGUCAUCUGCUAAUGUUGGACAGUAUGAAUGUUUUUUUUGUUUUUGUAUAGAUGGCAACAAUAUUGUUGCAUUGUCGGAUUUACAUGACUACUACUAACUUUUUGCCAAAUGUUGUCUGAAGAAAAUUGACAAAACUGUGUGCCAUAACUGUGAUUACUGUGCCAUUAUGAGCUUUAACUGCAGCCAGGAAACAUAUAGGCAUGACGUGAUGAAUAAUUGGAAUUAUAUCCAGUGGCCUUUACUGUACACAAUUCACAAGGCUAGAUAUCCAAGUUUAAUUUGCUAUUUAAUUACAUAAAGUUUUAUAUAUUGACAACAACAACAAGGUUUUGAAAAUCAUGUCCGUCAUCAGUAUAUGUGGAGCAACAUCAAGUGAACCAUGAUAAAAAGGCAGCAACCAUUCCAUGAAGAUUCCCCGUUUUGCCGUUGUACAGACAACCAUAAGCUGACAUAUACAUGUUUUAUACAAAAUGAUGUAUUGUUUCUGUAAUGAUGUACAGUAGAUAUUUUAGUUUCAAUGCCAUGAAGAAUGUUCUAAAGAUGUAUGUAACGUUUGGAGAAAUAAAGCACCUUUCCAUAACUUUCCUCCAUGCAGUUAUAUGAACUCUCACUUUAUUUUUUGUGUGACACUAGUUAGCUGUUAAUGUUCAAGGCAAAAUUUGAAUAAUUUUAAUAAGUCUCUUUUGUGGUUCCUGCUGCUAAUAAAAACAGUGCCUCACUGUG